AUAACAGUUUGAUAACCACUGCGUAUUUACCCCGUUUAGAUUUAGCUAAUUAACAAAUUAGCAUCGAAGCUCGUGUUUAGUAAGUGUUCUUGGUUCUUAUUCAGUUACUGCUAACCUGGACAGCUUCCGUUUGCCCGGUGAUUGUUUAUCGAAACAUUGAAUGCACCUUGUGCGAUUGUCUGGCUAUAGAAUAUCAACACCAACACAUAGUGACAUAGCAGGCAACCCAUUCCAUUCUCUAAUCAAUGGCACUAUUAUAGUCACUAGAUGUUCCUUCAGAGUUGAAAUAAAUGAAGAUAAUCUACUUCCUAGGCGAAACCUUUGCAAGAUGAUGGGGAUGGCAGUGAACAGUUUUUCAGAUUUCCCUUAGCGGAAAUGCCAAAAGUAAGCUAUUUCUCCACUGUUCACUGGACCUGACAGAGAAUCUGGUAUUGAAAUCACUGAAUCCAAAUCUAGUUGCAGCCAAAGUGAGCGAAAGUAUGAAAAAUGUUAUGAAUCAAGAAAGACCUUCAGUUAAGACCAAGGAAGUGAUUACAGUUAACACAAGUCUGGACCUGGACACAUUCUCAAAGCUCUUACCUUUCUUGCGAUGUUACUUUGUGAAUUCUCCGGUGAAUGAAGAAAACAAACUAAAUGUGGAGGACCAAGCCUCAAAAACUACUAGACUUAUCAAGACUACAAAUCCAAUGUAUUCAACUAAUGCUAAUGCCUCAAACACAACCAGACUUAACGAAACCACUGACCCAACCUAUUCAACUAUCGCUGAUGGCUCAAUGGGAAAAAAAUCCUAAUGGUCAUUUCAAUUUGCUCAACUUUCUUGAUUGCUGUUGCAUUGGUUUGUACUGACAUUUUAAUUUACAUUUGGAAAAGAGUAUUCAAUGUCGGUUCAGGCUCCUCACCAGCUGUUCAAUUUAGUAUUCAAAGCAAUGCUGUGGUCUGCACCUCCAAUGCUGCUGAAGAAAUAGAGAUUGCGAACAGUACAGAAGAAAACCAUGUUUAUGACUCAAUAAUAUAUACAGGAUAUCAGACCUUCCAGCCCAAGACUUCAGAGGACCUAACUGAAACGAUUAAUUCAAAUGCUACAAGUAUUUCUGACCUAAGUAUCCAGCCUGAAACUUCGGAGAGCCUAACUGAAAGCAUCCCAACCAGUAUUGCUGACCAAACUCCCAAGACUUCAGAGGGCCUAACUAUAACUAUUAAUGGAACCUCCACCCGUAUUGCUGACCAAACAGAAACAGAUCCAGUUUAUAUUAAUAUGGCUUGCCAAACUAUCCAGCCCAAAUCUUCAGAGUGCCUUAUUGAAAGCAUCUAUAAAAUACCUACAAACAAUGCUGUCCGAAUUUUCCAGCCCAAGACUUCAGAGAGUCAAACUGCAACUGUUAGUUGAACCUCUACCUGUGUUGCUGACCAAACUCUUAAUGAUUCCAAAUGCCCAACUGAAACUGAUCCAGUUUAUAUUAAUAUGGCUUGCCAAACUACUGUCAAUGAAAGGAAUAAAUGAAAACAUUUGAGCUGCCUUAAAUAUACCGAAAUUUUAUUCUACAAAAAUGUAACUUCCUUCAGAAUGAAAAAAAAACAAGUUUUGGGCAAUUAUAUGGAAAAAAAAACAAGUUUGGACAAUUUUAAAAAUGUCUGAUUCAGGUCUUUUUUGAAUGAUUGUUGUGUUUUUUUUAAUUUUAAAAUAAUUUUUUUGUGUGUUUUAGAUCUAUAUGUUAUCACUGUAAAAUUGAGUUGUUUAAUUUCAUAUGCAUAAGUCUUGUUAAGUUGUUCAGUAUUUCAUAGAGAUAUUUCCUUUUGAUACCAUCAUAAGAGAUUUAAAUUGAUGUACUAGUACAUUGUUUUCUUGCCAUUUUUUUUAGUUUGUAUUUAUGUUAUGAGUGCUGCUUUCAAUCUGUUAGUAUUACUUCUUCCAAAAUUCUUGAUAUUGGUUAGUCUUAUUGUGAAUUCAGGUUUUUUCCUCCAUUUUUAUUAGCUCUGUUGUAAUUUUGGUCUUCUCCUGGUGCUUCGUAAUUUUUUAUUUCUGAUGUUUAAAUUAGAAUUGUUGAGUUUAUAGUGUUGGUAGGUUUAUUGUGUUGGUGGCUGUUCAUAUUUUCCUUUGUCUCCAUCUUGUUUUAUUUAGGAAAUCCUCAAAGUAUUCAGCCCAUUUGUCAAUGACCCUUCUGUUUUUUUUGUGACGAGGACACCAUUAUAGUUCUCAUACAUGUGUGAUCUUGCUUGAAAUCCAUUCUUGUUAUCCCUUAUUUUCAUGCCCAUUCCUCUCGCAUCAAGGUUCUCAAUGAGUGCUCUUUGUUGUUUUUUUGAUUGCUUCAUUUUUAUUCUUUCUGACAGAUUUUGUAACCCUUCGCCUUGCUUCUUUGUACUGCUUUCUGGUUUCUUUCUUUAGCAUUAUUUGUCUGUUCAAUAUGCCUGCAUUCUGUGUUAGAUUCUCCUUUUCUUUUGCUUAAAUCCAACCAUGUCAUCUGCUUUACUUUUAAUAGCACGUUGUUGUUUUUUUAUUGCUCAUUUGUUAUAAUUAGGAUUACCCACAGGCUACGUCUGCUGUUGUGCUUCAACAAUUUAUCUUUUGGUCUGUGAAUUCUAGUAUAUGCUUCAUUUAAUUGGAGUGGCCAGCUUUAAAUUCAUUCCCAUACACACUUCUGGCCUGUGAACUGUUCUCAUGUAACAUUUUGACCCAACAUCCCCCAUCCAAUUUCAAUACUCUUCUAAGAUAUUACUUUAAAUUAGAGCGGCUCACUUAUAUUGAUCUCCCACACACAAACACAUCCUUCUGGCCGUUUUUUUUUUUUUUAACCACCACCCCAACACACAAAAUAAAAUAUCUAUAUCUGCUUUUUCUUUUUAAAACAUUUUACACACAUAAAACUAAAUUUGUGUCCUAGCUUUGAUAGAAAAAAAAAGAUUGUUUUCAUAUAAUGUCUACAAAAACAAGUUAGGGGCCACAUACUGCCAUUGAAAUUUACUUUCAAAAGGAGUUUUUUUUUUAAAUGGUGAUUAAAACAGAAAGAAGUAUAAAAUUGUCUUUUUGUUAUAGCAACUUGAAGAUAAAAUUGGGAAUGAAACAUCAUUUUGGGAAGUUUUAAUUGCUGUAGUUUCCAUUUGUGAACUGGCUUAGUUGUUCUAGAGCAGGGCUCUCAACCUGUGGGUCGCGACCCC